UCCGGCUGUCUUCCGCUGUCUCCUGGCUUGUGAUGCUAGCUGUUAGCCGUUUCAUGCUAGGCAGGGACAUGUGUGGCUCUGAUAAAACAAGACCACUUAGUUUAAAGUUUCUAAAACCGGAAGACAUGUAGCGGCAACUGUAGACGAAACACUGUGACUUUGUUUGUUUUUUUAAAGCGUAAUUGUGCAUCAAAAACCACCAGGCUUCACAUUAUUGUAGCUAGUUGACAAACAGCAACGUCAAGGUGCGCUACUCACAACCAUCACAGGACAGUGCUCAUCUGUCCCCCACUAACUAAACAUUAGGACGACGACUCCCCAAGAUCAAAAAAAUGCCUUCGAGAAAUCAUCUUGACAAAAUCGGGAGGAAGAAGAAGAAGAAAUGGACAGAGGAGGCCAUGGAGCGUGCACUGGUCGAGGUGAAGUCGGGAAGGUGUACAGUGAGACAGGCUGCCAAAGAGUUUGGAGUCCCUAAAUCUUCCCUGGGGGACAGAGUGAGUGGACGGGUGACACCAGGGAGUCGCAGCGGGCCAGCUCAGCUUAUAACAUCUGACGACGAGGAGCUGUUGGUGGAGUUCUCUUUAUACAUGUCCAAGCAUGGAUUCCCGCUGACAAAGCAACAGCUGGUGUCCUUUGCCUCCUCCAUUUACAAGCGGCAGCAUCGGAGAGUGGCAUUUUCUAAACUAGGCCAGACCUGGUGGCUCAAUUUUAGAAAACGGCAAGAAAAGAAUAUUACCAUUCAGCCAGCAGACAAUGUUGUUCGUGGGAGGACAGUAUGUGUGAGAAAGGAAGCAGUGGAUCAGUUUUUACACUUACUGAGCACUGUCAUGGACGCUCAUGGGCUCAGAGACAAGCCUCAUCAAAUUUUCAACUGCAAUGAGACGGGCUUUCAGCUGGGCAGGAAGAGGGUGAUUCUCCCCAAAUCUGCCAGUCUGGGCUACAAGCCAACGUCAGGCUCGAGGGACCACAUCUCCGCCCUGGCUUGCUUUAGCGCAGCUGGAGAGGACAUUCCCCCAUUUAUUAUCUACUCAAAGGCAUACCCAGGGGGAGUAUGUUACAAGACUCAAGGGCCUCCAAACGCCCUCUAUGGAUGGUCAGACUUGGGGUGUAUCAACUCUGACCUUUUCAAGAAAUGGUUCCUCAAACACUUCCUCCUGCACGCACCGAAGGAGCGUCCUUUGCUGCUGAUUUUCGACGGCCACAAGUCUCCUGUGAACCUUGAGGUGGUGGAAGCUGCUCGUAAGGAGGACGUCAUCCUUCUGUGUCUUCCGCCUCACUGCUCUCACAUCCUGCAGCCACUCGACGCGGGUCUCUUCGGUCUCCUGAAGCAGCGUUUCGCAGCACUCAUAGGUGAUGGUGGUUCCACUGAUACUCACUUUGCAGUCAGCAAGAAGGAGUUCUCAGCUGUGUUUAAAGGGACGUAUCAGGUAGUGAAGGAGGAGGAGGGUGUCAGGAUUGUAAAUGAAGGCUUUAGGAAAUGUGGCAUCUACCCACUGAACCACUUUGCCAUCAAUGAGGGUCAUUUAAUGCCAUCACACAGCAUGGGCCCAGCAGCUGGAUCCUCCCUGUGCACAUCAGCACAGGGGGAGACCUCACAGCAGCUGGACCCUCUUCCUGAAUCCUAACUUCCCAGGGAGGAAAGAGAGUGACAGUUUCAUUUAACUAAACCUGGCUAGUUCUGUCAUUUUAAAUACUGAAUGGGUUUACAUUUCACCUUGAGUAUCGUGCCCCUCCUCCCUCAGCCUUCACGCAGAGCGCUGUUUUGUCAGCUCGCCAGAAGAAAGAGGUGUGUUGAUAUUAAUUACAUGUCAUAUGUGCUCAGAUUUAGUAAUAAGUAAAAAUGCUGCACAGGGAGGGGCGUCACCAAGGUUAAAUCUAAAGAAGUCAAAAAGGUUUUAACGGAAUAAGAAAGAAAAAAUUAUAUUUCGGAUACACAAGAAUAUGUUUUAUUUUCUCAACCUCAUUACAUGCUUAUAUAAAUGGACAGAUCUAAAAAUAUGCCACAAUGUUAAGUGUUUUCUUGUUCGAGACUCUAUAAUUACAGGAACUAGUACAUUGUGAAAAUGUAGGUUGAUAUUGAGGUCUGUAUUAUGAUCCAGUAUGCAUGCAGAAGAUUUGCAAAAAAGUCGUACCUAAGUUAUUUCUUCCUCGUAAUGUUCAAGCCUGCGACAACGGAGGGGUAACAAUGUUCUUUUAAUACUGAUAGAAGGGAAACGAUAACAAUGUGUUUGAAACGGCUAACUCAAUUCAGUUGUGAAUCGUAUAAUUCCUUUGCUUCAAGUAUUCUUAAUAUACUCACUAAGACUACAUGUACUUUAAUUUGGGGAGGGGUUUCUUUACACAUAAAUGUGCUCAAAUAUGUAAUGCCAUUCAAACAGAUGAAUGGAAACUACAGUAUGAUCUCAGGGAGAAUAAAUGUAUUUUUGCAUCUCA